AUGGCAACCAUGGAUGAAGACAUCAUCGUUGACCCUUACAAGACUCGUAACUCUCUCUCCCUAACCCCACCUCAAAUCGGUAUCCUCUUCUUAGGAUGUCUCUCCCUUCUUACCGCUCAAAUGGAUGUCCCACCACCACUACAAGACGCCUUAGGUUCGUUCAGAAGGAUGAUGGUGAUACUUGUAGCAGCGUUGGUGUUGUAUCAUUUCUUUGACCAAAUGAUGACUGCAUGGAAUUCGAAAUUGGAAGAACUUCCUUCUGCCGAUAAGAGAGCUUUGGAGAAGAUGAAAGAAAAGGGUAUGAAAGAUACUGGAAAACCUGAUCCAUGGGAAAACGAAUCUUCACAUCCAUCCGCUUUCCUCACUACCCGAGAAGCAAAACCACGAUUGUUCCCAUUCCCAUUAGGUAAAGCAGGAACUGAUGAGAAACUGAAAGGAGAAUUAUGGUGGGAAGCAGGGAAUUCGGCACAUGUGGGACAUUACAACCAAGCUGAAUUACCUGAAAACAAAGCAAAAAUGAAGAAAGAAGCUAAAAAAGCAGAAGAACUACGUCUCAAGAAACAUCAAAAAGAGAUUAAAGAAUAUACAGCGAAUAAAAAGAAAUGGGCUAAGAGGUUGGUACAUGUUAAAUUAGUAGUUGGUAUUAUAGCUAUUGGAUUAUUUCAUCGUGGUGCUGCUGUAUUAUGUUUGGCAGCUUUGAUUUGGUUCGUAUUAGCUACUGAAUUAGGUGGAAUGUUCGAUCCUAAAAUCGAUGAAGAUGUUGAACCAAGUUUCAAGAAACCACAAAUACCAACUACACCAGGACUUGGUCUCACAUACAUAUACGAACCUUCAAAAGGUGGUGUUGCACCUACUGGAGCUUUCCCCCUUAGAGCACCGACUAAUAGAUUACUCACUUCUCUCGACAAUCGUUAUGCCUCUUAA